CAAAACGGCCCAGAGAGCCGGGCGUGAAACCGCUACGAACUAGAACGUGUGCGCAACUCCGCCCUCUUUUGGCGAAGCUGCUUGGCCUGACCCUUCCCGCGACCGGUCGCGCGGCAGAGCAAGCGCGUUCCGCUUGGCGGGCGGAACGUCGCUAUGGAACCGGACGGGACCUACGAGCCCGGUUUCGUGGGUAUCCGGUUCUGCCAAGAAUGCAACAACAUGCUUUACCCCAAGGAAGACAAGGAGAACCGCAUUCUGCUCUACGCGUGCCGGAAUUGCGAUUACCAGCAGGAAGCCGAUAAUAGCUGCAUCUACGUCAACAAAAUCACGCACGAAGUGGACGAACUGACCCAGAUUAUCGCCGACGUGUCCCAGGACCCCACCUUGCCGCGGACCGAAGACCACCCGUGCCAAAAGUGCGGCCACAAGGAGGCGGUGUUUUUCCAGUCGCACAGUGCCCGGGCCGAGGACGCAAUGCGCCUGUACUACGUGUGCACAGCCCCGCACUGCGGCCACCGCUGGACCGAGUGAGCCCCUACCGCCGCCCCCGCCCCCCGCCCCCCCCCCCACGUGUCA